CCAACGCCCAUUGUUCUACUUUUGCAUCAAGUUAUUCUAUUUUCCUUUUUGCUUUCUGCAUCAUUCACAUACCACAUUCCAUACCACUAGCUUUGAUAUACCUUGUUAUCAGCAUAGCAUCCUUUCAUCACCAUAUCUGUAUCGACAACCACAUCAGAUAUCGACUCGUAAAGCUACAUUCAAGCGGUGCACGAGGCAACUCACACGCUAUAAUGUCUCGAACGACGCUUGGGAAGCGAAGCCGCGUAGACGAGGAAGAAGAAGUCGACGUUGUUCAGACCACACCGAGCAAGAGACCUCGCCGUCAAUGCAAGCGAAUCAUCACCACAUAUAACGACGAUGAGAACAACGCCCCCGAGGAUAUAAUCACCCCUCUUGAAGAGGAUGACGAGAUUCAGCCCCUGCCGAGGCGACGCAUCGCCCAGCCCUCGCCUGUUAAAAAGAACCCAGUUACCCCUUCUACUCCUCGCCAUCGAGAUGUCCUCGGCGGAUACCCCACGACCCCUCGCCACGCCGUCAUGUCUGCUGGUAAACUCUUUAAGCGUUUAACACCCAAUACACCACUCUCUCCCGGUGCCACACAAACAAUCUACCACUCAGCUCGCCAGCUCUUUGCUCGCGGUGCCGAACCCGGACAGUUGGUUGGCCGCGAUUCGGAACGAGAGCAGUUGACUCAAUUUCUGGACCGAUGCACCUCUGAGUCACCGAGCGGGUGCCUGUACGUUAGCGGCCCGCCUGGAACUGGCAAGAGUGCUAUGAUCAACUCUAUGGUUGAGAAGUAUGCCAAGCAGGACAAUGUCAAGACGGCAUACAUCAACUGCAUGAGCAUCAAGUCAUCCAAGGACCUGUACGUCACUCUUCUUGGAGAAAUCAACCAAAACAAGGAAAGCCAUACCGAAGCUGAAGCCGUCGCUGCUCUGGAGACAAUGUUUUUGCCCAAGGACGACUCAGAAGACGUUUACGUGGCGAUGCUGGAUGAGAUCGAUCACAUCUUGACACUCGGACUGGAAAGCCUAUACCGGGUAUUUGAGUGGUCUCUGCAAAGCAAGUCCCGACUUCUCCUUGUGGGAAUUGCCAACGCUCUUGAUUUGACCGAUCGAUUCCUGCCGCGACUCAAAUCCAAAAACCUCAAGCCCGAACUUCUCCCCUUCCUCCCCUACAACGCCGCCCAAAUUAAGAAUAUUAUUACGACACGCCUCAAGACUCUUAUGCCUGCUGAUAAGCAGACAUAUGUACCUUUUAUUCACCCAGCUGCCAUUGAGCUGUGCUCACGAAAGGUUGCUAGUCAAACCGGUGACCUGCGCCGAGCUUUUGAGAUUUGCAGAAGAGCAUUGGAUCUUAUCGAGUCUGAGACCCGUAGCAAAUAUGAGGAGGAGGCACGGGAAACUCAUCUUCAGUUGACUCCUACAAAGAGACCACUGGGUGAGAACCCCAACGGCGCUUCUGCUGGUGGAAAGACUGUGGUGCAGAUUCUGUCUGCUUCUUUGAAGAGUAUGACGGCUGAGACUGCCCCGCGUGCCUCUAUUAGUCACCUCAACAAGGUCACUGCUGCAGCUUUCAACAACGGCACUGUCCAGCGUCUCAAGGCGCUCAACCUGCAGCAAAAGGCUGCUCUUUGCUCUCUUGUGGCAUAUGAGAACCGAACGCGACAGGCAAAUAAGAUGGUUGGCGGACCAAUGACGCCGAGCAAGUUUCAGUCUUUGGCACCAACCAUUAAGGCUUUGUAUGAUGCUUACUGUCGUCUAUGUGUGCAAGAUUCCCUAUUGCACCCUCUUUCUAGCUCUGAAUUCCGCGAAGUCAUUGGCAGCCUGGAAACCCUCGGGCUCAUUGGUGAUGUGGACGGCAAGAAUGGCAGUUUUGGUACACCGUCGACACCAAGCAAACGCCGCAAGGUGUCACUUGCCAGCAGUGACGACAAGCGCGUGUCGAGCAGCGUUAGCGCCAAAGAUAUGGACGGUGUUGCCGAUGGCAUUGGAUCUGGAAUCCUGCGCAGCAUCCUAAGCGGCGAGGCCCUGGAUUAAGCCGGAAUUUGCUUACUGGGAUCUUUUAUCUGAAGCGGGGCUGAGGCUUCAUCUCCCUUUUUACGACCAUUCUAUUCUUGUGUUAUUUUUGUUUAUUUUUGGAUUGCAUUGUAUUCGGCGUUUUGGGCAUCUGCCUCGGAAAUAGGCAGCAAUUCUUUUUUUAUUGGCGUUUUUUGGAAACAUUGUAACGAACGAACGGAAGAAACAAUACCCAUCUAGGAAUAGUGUAGAAAUCAUUUUUGUACAAGCAUUCUGAAAUUACUUGAUGUGCAAUUAUGGCUGUGCUGUAGCAGUGUAUAUACGAUUCGCGUAAUGUGGUAACUGAGUCAUUGGAAUACUCUGCGAGCUUUCCGCUAGCCAGCUUACAGCCAACCAUCACAUUUACAUUCACUCAUUAUUUGCGAAACAAGUUAACGUCAAACUUAUUAUACGCUCUAAAGAUGACGUGUCUCUUGACCAGUCUUCCGCAAGAACU